UUGGCUCUGGUUCAGAAUUAUCAAGAACAUGGAUUAGUUUAGUUGCUUAUUACUUAAUAAGUUUUGGUUCAACUUAGAGAGUCCAUCAUCCAAGGUCAGCCCAACUACAUACGCGAGCUGUUCCUUGCUCCAAACUGUUUUCAAGUUAAUGGGUCACGGAGAUGUGUAUGCUCCAACAAAACCUAUUUCAACGACUGAUUUGGUGGUCCUUCCCUGAUGAGCGUUAUAUUUUCUGUAAUUGGAACUUCAUUGAAUCCAUGGUUAUGAGCCUUUUCUAUGUGAGAGAGCUAGGAGCACUCGCUUAACCUUCAAAGUCAAAGGUAAUAGCAGAUGUAGCAUUCUACUGAAGAUGCAAAGUACAAUGGGUGCAAAUAACACUCUUUUCGAAGAGAAUAAUCAGAUUUUUAAGGACUAAUAAUAAUCUUGCCAGAGGAUUAUAAACAAAAAAAAUAAAAAAAAUCCGAUUCUUGAAUGGAAUUUAGUUGCAAAACUAGCAGUUCCACAUAGCAAGCUGGUUUUAUCACUUGAAGGGGCAAAGCGUGUUCGAUUCGGGCCAGCUUAUUUCUUUAUAAACCAUCCUACUUACUGAAAAGAGGCAAUUCUUGGCUUUGAGUCACAGCAAGCUGUGGUACGGUAUUGGUAUCAAUUGCAGCCUUGAGACAUGCUACGCCGGAUUUGUUCAUUUCUCAUUACUGCACUUACUCAAGUGAGAUGCCAUUCCAAUUUCCACAUUCUUUGCUUUAACAAAUCAACACAUUAGUUCUUAGUUCUCCUCAAGUAAUCGGAUACUUCUAAAUUGUAUAAAGUCACAUUCUAGCUGUAUCUGAGAAACUUUUCAGAAGGGAUUAGAGGUUCCUUCUUGUUUGUCUAAAUCAAUCUACUCAAGUUACCUUUGAUUCCUACCCAUCUUUGAGCAUUUUUCACGGUAAUCUUGCAUAUUAAUGUCCUCGAUUUUACCUCUAUCCUGAAGCUAUUUCGGGACAACGGCUCCUCGAAUUUCAUGCAGGGCGUAACACGACGUGUUGACCAGAAGUAUAUAUAGGGUCCUUCAGACAACACUUGCUGAGAAGAACUGAAAGCUCAAAUCAAAACCGCGUGGAAACAGCUCCUCCAGCGGGUGAUCAGAACAGCUUAAUCAAAUGCAGGCACCGUCAGCGGCCCGAGACCAUGUUUCGCUCGAAGUUUCGCUCGGAAUUUCUCACACUGAUGAUGGGCUCGUGUCUACCAUUCAGAAAAAGAUGGAAGACGCUUCAUCCUUCUCUAAUAUCUGCAGAGUGCCAGACGAACUGCGCAGUAGAAAUGAGAGGUACUACUCCCCGGAAUUGGUCUCUAUCGGACCUUAUCACCGACGCAAUCAGACUCUCGGGGAUAUGGAGAAUCACAAGUUGCGCUACUUAUUUACACUUCUAAACCGAAACCCCGACAUAGGAUUGACCUUGGACAAGUGUGUGAAAUCGCUCAAGGAGCUGGAGAACCGAGCGCGCCAGUCCUAUGAAGAAGAAUCUGGGCUCUCCAGUGACGAGUUCGUUGAAAUGAUGCUUAUUGACGGGUGUUUCAUCAUCGAACUCUUAAUCAAGUGCUCGAGCAAGACCCUCCGACGUAGGAAUGAUCCUCUCUUUUGUACUCCGGGGAAACUCUAUACCUUGAGGUGUGAUCUGGUGCUGCUGGAGAAUCAGAUUCCUCUGUUCAUUCUUCAGCGGUUGUUUCAGAUCGUGCCGAUCCCGAAACAGUGCUCGCAUUCUCUAAUCGAUCUUGCCUUUCGGUUCUUCAAGAGCAUGAUCCCUGGAGAGCAGGAAUAUCUCCGAGAAAAGCUCAGUGAAGAAGCUCAUCAUUUGCUGGACUUAAUCCACCACUGGUUGAUACCGGCGAAUUACACAAAGAAAGAUGCACCGACGCCAAAAGGUCUGAAUAAGUCUGCGGUCGAACUUCAGGCUGCCGGAAUCAAGUUCAAAAGAUCGGUGACUAAAAGCAUGUUAGACAUUGAAUUUAGCAAGGGCGUCCUCCAUGUCCCGGCUGUGAGAAUCAAUCAGAGCACCGAGACCCUUUUGAGGAACCUAAUCGCCCUCGAACAACAGCGGUGCAUUGACACGCAGUGCGUGACUUCUUAUGCUCAUCUCAUUCACGACCUGAUGCCCUCGGAGAAGGACGAGAAGCUGUUCUCCGAACGGCGUAUGGUAUCAAACUACCCGGACAGUAACAAAAGGGCUUUGAGACUGUUUGAAGAUCUGUGCAAGGAUACGAUAAUAGAGGAUUUCCACUACGAAGAGCUCGGCGUACAGAUGAACGAGUACAUCAAGAGGAAAAAGUGUAGUCCAUUGAAGUGCGACCAGAAGACUGAUCAUAGUGAUCAACUAGCAAGGAAGCCGCGCGCACUCGUCGUGGUGGCCAUUAUCGUCCUAUUCAUGAUAUUCAUCGGGACGCUGUUCUCUGCAUUGUCGUUCUUCCUCCACCAUAACUAGCACCCCCAUGGGGGCGAAUGGAUCUGCUUUAUCGUCA